AUGAAGGGUGUCUGGGGACUGGCUAUUGCCGCCGGCGCGUCGCUUGCCCGCGCGCAGUCGUCGUCGAGCUCGGCUCUGACGGCGGCGGCGACCACCGUGGCGGCCACGGCCGCCUCGGGGGCGCCCUCGCUGUUUCCCUAUGAGCGGGUGCAGUUGACGGAGGGGGUGCUUGCGGAACUCUGCGCGGCGCUGAAGAACGACAGUCUUGCCGACCUGUUUGCGUUUGGAAGCAGCAGCAACUCUACUUCCGCCGACUCCACCGUGGAGAAGCGGAGCAACGUGAAACACAGCUGCAAGGUGAUGCCCGGGGAUGCCGGGUGGCCCAGCGAGCGCGUUUGGGACCUCUUCGAUAUCUUGGUGGGAGGCAAUCUGAUCAAAGCGGUGCCGCUGGCCUCCUACUGCUACCCGGAGUGGCCCAACUACAAUGCUGACAAGUGCGCGACCAUCACCGCCGACUGGCUCACCUCCAACCUGCACAUGGCCGACCCGACCUCCAUCAUGCUGCCCCUGUAUGAGGGCCGUACCUGCAUGCCCUCUCCGUACAGCUACACCGACAGCUGCGAGCAAGGUGGCUACCCCACCUAUGCCGUCAACAUCUCCACUGUCGCUGAGAUCCAGCUGGCCGUCAACUUCGCCCGUAACUUGAACCUUCGUCUUGUAGUCAAAAACACCGGCCACGACUUCAACGGCAAGGCCUCCGGCAAGGGCGGUCUUACCGUCUGGACCCACUACCUGAAGGAUAAGGAGUACUAUCCCACCUUCACGGCCGCCAACGGCUACGUUGGUCCCGCCGCCAAGUUCGGCUCCGGUAUCCAGGUCUGGGAGGCUUAUGAGUUCGGCAAGUCCAUCGGCAAGACCUUUGUCGGCGGCGAGGCUGUCACCGUCGGUAUGGGCGGUGGUUACACUGCCGGUGGUGGCCACUCCCCUCUGUCUAGCAUGUAUGGUAUGGCGGCCGAUCAGGUCCUGGCCAUGGAAGUUGUUCUGGCCGAUGGUACCUUCAUCACUGCCGACUCCAAGGAGAACGCCGAUGUCUUCUGGAUGCUCCGUGGCGGCGGUGGCAGCACCAUUGGUGUCGUCACCUCCCUGACAGUCAAGGCCUGGCCUCAGCUGGAGACCACUACCGUCACCUUCAACUUCACCGUCAGCGACACCCCGAGUGCGGAUGCCUUCUGGGCCGCUAUUGAGUCGUACCUUGAGAACUUCGAGACCUUUGUCGAUGCCGGCACUUAUGGUUACUACUAUAUUGGUGCCGACUCUGACGAGGUUGGCACCGAAUAUGCAGGUGAUCAUGCCUACUACUUCCGCAUGGAAUCCUUUGUUGCUCCGGGCAAGACCGUUGCCCAAACCGAGGCCCUCCUGGCUCCUUGGUUCAAGGUUCUUGACAACCUUAACGUUACCUAUACUCCGUGGUACAACCAUGCCGACAACUUCCACGACGCCUGGUCUGCUGCUUUCCCCCAAGAAUACGUCGGAACCGAUCUUGUCAAGACUGCCUCCCGUCUGCUCCCCCGCAAGGUCUUCCAGAGCACCGAGCUCCUCAAACAGACCUGGGAGGCCUACAGGGAUGCCGUUGAGCAGGGCCUGUUCAUUGCCGGCUUCCACAUCAGUGGCACUGGUAUCGCCGUUGACCCUCCCACGGACAACGCCGUGCUGCCCGCAUGGCGCGACACCCUGACGCACGUCAUCGUCGGAUCCGAGUGGAACUUUACCUCGAGCUGGGACGUGGUUGAGACCUUGUCGCUUUUCGUGACCGAGUGGAUGGAUGUGCUGCGUGAGAUUGCCCCCGACUCCGGCGCCUACAUGAGCGAGGGCGAUCUACUGGAGCCCAACCUGCAGGAAUCCUUCUACGGCUCCAACUACGAGCGCCUCUACGCUCUCAAACAGGAGUAUGACCCUACCGGUCUCUUCUUUGCCCUCACCGCCGUCGGUGCCGAGGACUGGGAGGUCCAGACCACCGACCCGCUGCCCUACUCGUGGAACACCAACGGGCGUCUCUGCCCGAAGUCCACCUAG